GAAGUGCCCGACUACUAGCGACAGUAGCGACUAGCAGCGACUCUAUUGGAGCGUGCUUCGUUUCCGUUGUACAUCAUACCAUUCUGAUUGAGCUUUUCAUCGGUCAACGGUUCGACCUGUGUAACAAUUGUAAAAAUGGCUAUGCUGCCACCCAAAAAACGCGUCUGUUAUUAUUAUGAUAGCGAUAUCGGAAAUUUUUAUUAUGGGCAAGGACAUCCUAUGAAACCCCAUCGGAUAAGAAUGACACACAAUUUACUCUUGAACUAUGGUCUCUACAGAAAGAUGGAGAUAUAUCGACCUCAAAAAGCCAUGGCAGAAGAAAUAACAAAGUUUCACAGUGAUGAUUACAUCAGAUUCUUAAGAUCUAUAAGGCCGGACAAUAUGUCAGAUUACAACAAACAGAUGCAACGAUUUAACGUUGGAGAAGAUUGUCCGGUUUUCGAUGGCUUGUACGAAUUUUGUCAAUUAUCAUCGGGUGGUUCCAUAGCUGCUGCUGUAAAGCUUAACAAACAAGCCUCAGAAAUAUGCAUCAACUGGGGCGGCGGCUUGCAUCAUGCCAAGAAGAGUGAGGCAUCCGGGUUUUGUUACGUAAAUGACAUUGUUCUUGGAAUCCUUGAAUUAUUGAAAUAUCAUCAAAGAGUUUUGUACAUUGAUAUUGAUGUCCAUCACGGUGAUGGUGUCGAAGAGGCAUUUUAUACAACCGAUAGAGUGAUGACAGUCUCGUUUCACAAAUACGGCGAAUACUUCCCCGGAACUGGAGAUCUUCGCGAUAUGGGAGCAGGAAAGGGAAAAUAUUACGCUGUUAACAUACCUUUGAGAGACGGCAUGGACGAUGAAAGCUACGAGUCAAUAUUCGUUCCCAUUAUUUCAAAAGUGAUGGAGACUUUCCAGCCUUCGGCUGUCGUUCUGCAGUGUGGUGCUGACUCAUUAACGGGUGAUCGUUUGGGUUGUUUCAACUUGACUGUGAGAGGUCAUGGCAAGUGUGUGGAAUUUGUGAAAAAAUACAACUUGCCAUUCCUUAUGGUGGGAGGUGGCGGUUAUACAAUCAGAAAUGUGUCCAGAUGUUGGACGCACGAGACGUCCGUUGCUCUGGGAUGUGAAAUUGCAAAUGAACUUCCAUAUAACGAUUAUUUUGAAUAUUUCGGUCCUGAUUUUAAGCUGCAUAUUAGCCCUUCGAACAUGACGAAUCAAAAUACUCCCGAAUACCUCGAGAAAAUUAAGACAAGGCUAUUUGAGAAUCUAAGAAUGCUACCUCAUGCGCCUGGUGUACAAGUUCAGGCAAUCCCAGAGGACGGUGCUGUUAUCGACGAUUCGGAAGUCGAAGAGAAGAUAAAUCCGGACGAGAGAUUGCCUCAGCGCGAUUUGGAUAAAAGGAUACAACAUGAGAACGAGUACAGCGACAGUGAAGAUGAGGGAGAAGGUGGACGAAGGGAUAAUAGGUCGUACAAGGGGUCUAGGAAGCGACAGCGUUUGGAAAAGAAUCAGGAGGUAGAUAUGCAUGGCAUGAAUGUAAAGAAAGAAGACGAUAUAAAGCAGGAACCAAAAGAAAAUGAAAAAGAUGAGAAAGCAACUCCUAUGACUGAAGAGGUGAAGAAGGAUAGCGGAGCGAAUGCUUGAUGAACAAUUCUUUCUACAGCUCUGCCAAAGUACAAAAGCUUUCAUCUCGGCUAAGCAUAACUAAACUCGUGAUAAUUUAGAAUGAAGGGACGCGUUGAUAGACUUUUUUAUAAAGUUGUAGUUAUGUAACAGGAGUAUUACCAACUAACAAUAUCAUUUAUCAAUGAUACUUGCAUAAACCUAAUAAUAGCCGAAGACAGGUACAUGGAAAGCGAAGUAUGUGGAAAUGUAGAAUAGUAAUUAUAUUCGCCAUGAAGCGAAUCAUUUAUAAUUACUACGAAAGUGAGGAUAAAAUACUAACUGAUAUUUAAAAGCUAUGAUAAUACGAAUUUUAUAUUAAUUGUGUUUAUACUUUUAUAUUGUGCAAGCUGUAUAACUCUUUGCGUGCCCUUUUAUUGGUACGCAAAAAUAAAAAUUAUUAUCUUAUAUUAAGAUAAAAAGAAAAUUUAAAAAAAA